UUGGCAGAAUGUUUUUAGCCUAACUAACGAGGAUACUUGCCGUGAAAAAAAAUAAACGCCAGUGACAGCUGAUUCGCAUAUUUGUUGUUGUAAUUCUUUACCUUUGUUUUUAAUUAAAAAAAUACAAAUAGAGAAAUGGUUGAUGAUUUAAGGAAAUAUUUAAACCAUUUACUUGAAAAGGUGAACGGUCUUCAUUGUAUUUUAAUUACUGAUCGUGAUGGAGUUCCUGUAGUGAGAUCUGUAACAGAAAAGGCGCCUCAAUUAGCUUUGCGUCCUAACUUUAUAUCGACAUUCGGUAUGGCAACAGAUCAAGCAAGUAAACUUGGGCUUGGAAGAAACAAAACUGUUAUAUCAAUGUAUUCUAGCUACCAGGUGAUACAAAUGAAUAAACUACCAUUAGUGAUAACAUUUAUUGGCAGUGACAAUUGCAACACUGGCCACAUAUUAUCUUUGGAAAGCCAAAUAGAACCUUUUUUGAAGGACCUAGGAACUAUUGUGGCAGAUGCUCCAUGAGUGUAAUUACAUGUGUGUGUAUAUAUUUCUACUUUUAUAUAUGUAGUUACUUAAUUAAAAUAUUAUAUUAAUAUAUGUGUCAAGUUUCGAGAUGAGCUCUGUUAAAUAUUAGAAAAUAUGGUGACUUGAACCUUAAAAAAAUUAUUUUGAAAUGGGUUUAGAGGAAAUCAUUUUGUUUGUCAUUCUGUUUUAUACUCGAAAUUAUAAAUUUUUUUUUUAAAUAAUUCUGAUAAAGAAAACCAUUUUAAAAUACAACGCUUUAUUUUAAAACUGUUUCCUGUAUACAUCUAUUCUUUAAGAACAAUACCAUAUUUCAAUUUAUACUAACAAUAGUGUCAGCUUAUAUUUGGAUGUUGCUUUAAUGUAAAUAAAAUAUAAAUAUCCUGUUUGUCUAUA